GCAACAUUGGUUUCGUGUUACGUAAACGCGACGCGGUUAGAUGGAUGAAUGUUAUCGAAUCACAUUUGGACUUUUAGUUUCUGGGAUAAAAUCACGUUAAGCAAUCCGACAAAGAGCGAGAAAAAAAUAUGAAAAUAAAAAAGAUUUCUUCUUUAUCCUUCUUUUAAAGGGCUGGUCAGCUGUAAUAAUUUGAAUUUGUUUAUUUUUUCCAAAAAUUAAAAACCCUUUUGGAAAUUAUUAAAAAAUCGAAAAUGGGAACCAAACAGCAACAAAUGAUGAAUCAUUUAAAAGUGAUUUUGGGUCCAGACAUUGAUGUAAACAUAGCCACUUACAUUAUUUCCAUGAAAAACGAAGAAGAUUAUGAAGAAUUCAUGGAAAAUAUCGUGAACAAGACCAAUUCAGAUCACGUCAACGCCUACAACGCAAUCAAAUACAUAAUUUUUGGCCAGAAACUUAAACAAAAAGCUUCCAAUAGUGGCAAUGUAAUUAAAGUUAAUUUGCCUGAAAAAGGCAAAGAGACUCAGAGCAAAAAAGGCAAAAAGAAAUUCAAGGAUAUCAGAGAGUUUCAGGAGCAGAAAAGGGAAAGGCAGGGUCGGCACGCCUGCGAUUGUUUGGGGCAGGAGCACGAAUUUAUGAAUAAUUGUCUGGAUUGUGGCAGGAUUCAUUGUGUCCAGGAAGGACCUGGACCUUGUCUAUUUUGUGGCACUCAGAUAUCUUUCAGAGGAGAAGCUGAAAAUCCCACCAAUGGAAAAGCUUUAGCAAAGCACAAACUCAACAAAGUCUUUGAUGACGACAAUGAUUAUUUCAAAGUAAACGCUAAAGAAGCUAAUGCAGAUAAACGAAAAAUCGUCGUUGCUCUCGAUUUUGCUAGCAGAAAAGUAAUCGAAAGCACCCAAGAAGACGAAAGACUAAAAAACUUAUUCUUAAAAGCUUCAAUCCAGCAUAUGAAAAAAGUUGAAGCCCUUUAUAAGAACCUGCAAAAAGAAAGCGAAUUGAAAUCAAGUGCAGUUCUAGCUCAAAAAAAUAAAUCUAACAACGAACUGGCAGAGCUUUUGGUACAAAUGCGGCACAAAAAACCCAAGGAAAAAGAAGACUUAGGAGAAGAAGACAAAAAGAUGCCAAUAAUAAAGUACAACACUAAAAUGUUGGACGAAGUUGCUCCAUUUACCGACCAAGGGCUUUGUUUGAGCAUGCACCAGCCUUAUGCUAGCUUAUUGGUUGCUGGAGUAAAAAUGGAUGAAGGUAGAGUUUGGCCAACAACUCACAGAGGUCGGUUAUGGAUAGCUGCAGCUGCAAAAGAGCCAGACGAAGAGGAAGUUUUAGCUUUGGAGAAUUAUUACAGGGAAUUUUAUAAAGAUGAUAUGUUGAAAUUUCCAAAAGAAUAUCCUACUGGUUGCCUCCUAGGAUGUGUAACUGUUGAAGAUUGUUUAGAUCAGGAAGCUUAUAAGGAAACAUAUGGAAGAGAAACUGGUAGUCCUUAUAUGCUUGUAUGCAGUAAUCCUAUUAUUUUGCCUGUGUUUUAUCCCAUUAGUGGAAAAAAUAAAAUUUAUCCACUCGAUAAGGAGGUACACAAGUAUGCCAAAAUUGCUCUACAAUACAGCCAGUAUAAUUAAAAAUAAAUCAAUUUAUAUUCUAUAGUUAUUUAUUGUUUUAUUUAAAUAAUUUAAAAUCUUAAUAAUAACAAACAAAAAAACGUAAUAAAUAAUAUAAAAUUGAUGAUAUAUUAUCUUAAAUAAUAAUCACAUUUUUCAUAAGUAAUACUUAAGUAGAAAACAAUUCAACAAGAAUAUGUAUUUUUCAAUUAUUAUUGCUAAAAUUUACAAAUAUUGUUUUCACUAUAGGCUUGAUAAAUUUACCUAAUAAAUAAAUAUAAAUAAUAAGUACUUGUAGUUAUCAUAAUUUAAAAACAAUUCAAUUAUUGCAAAAGCACAUUUAAAGCGACAAUUUAAAUGCAUUAUAUUUAGGUAGUAAAAUGGGGUAGAAAAUUCACUAAAUUGAGAACAAAAAUUUCCAUUUUGAGGAUCACAGCAUUUGGAAAAAGGGGGUAUUUUUAUUUUUCAUAUACAGUUUGUCCAACACAAAAAUACUCAUUGGCAGUAUUGAAUAUUAGAUCAUUUUUAAUUUAUUGUCUUUUUAAUUUAAUUAUUACUGAAAUGAUCUAAUAUUAUCCACAUUGAUUGGUCUCUAAUUUUCAAACUCCUACAGCUGUGGUCCUAUUGUUCCCGUGUCCAUUUAAAUCGGAAUGCUCUGAGGACUCGGUACUGUCUGAUGAGAAUAGUGUAGAGAAAAAUCGUGCCUGGAAAAAGACAAAAAUUAAUAUACUUAUUUUUUUUUUAUAAAAUAAGCAAAACACAAUAAGCAACAAUGACUUAAAAAUAGGCACCUACUUGAUUAGUUUGAACAAACAUUUAAGGAUCAAUUUUUAAUGGUCUGAUAAAAUUGUUUUUUUGAUGAGACAAUUUCCAAAAAAUCAAGGUAUUAAGUAUUUCUAUUUAUAAUUAUUGAUUUAUGGUUUGAUAUCAAAAAAUUUCCACCCACACAAAAAUCUAUUUUUGCAAUAAUAAUAUACCACAAGCAUUUAUUGUUAGUAAUAAGCGGCAUGUGUAAAUUAAUAUUUCUAAAGACAAUUGGACAAUGAUAAUUGGUAAUUUGAAAUUGUCCAAUUGACUUUAAUUAAGAAUAUAUUCAGAUAAAUACCUCAUAGUCAAAAGCCCUAAAUCGGUAUGUAAGUGUCUCUUAAAUUUUUAUCAUCGUCGGCCCGAAACCGUGCAAAGUAAAUGGCCUGCAAAAUUAUAUAAAAAUUAGACCAUCGGAGACAAUUUUACCAAACCCUUGAAGCAAAAUACACAAAUUACAUGCAAAUACCAAAGUUAAAUCUUACAAUUAUGAUUGCUUCGAUGCUGCCAAGAAGUAGACCGCAUAAAACGUCACUCCAAUGAUGUUUGUAGUCAGAUACUCUGGUCAUUGCUGUGAAAACUGACGAGAGCACCGCUAAGAAUUGGAGAGUGUGUCUGAGGAGUUUCGAGCCGUCCCACGUCAUACGUUUUUGAAGAUAU